AACGUGAACGUGGGCAUGAACGUGGCCGCCGCGGCCGCGCACCACCACCACCACCACCACCAUCACCACCACCACGGGCCCGGCGCUUUCUUCCGCUACAUGCGCCAGCCCAUCAAGCAAGAGCUGUCGUGCAAGUGGGUGGACGAGGGGCAGCUCAGCCGGCCCAAAAAAAGCUGCGACCGGACUUUCAGCACCAUGCACGAGCUGGUCACGCAUGUCACCAUGGAGCACGUCGGCGGCCCCGAGCAGAACAACCACAUCUGCUACUGGGAGGAGUGCCCGCGCGACGGCAAGUCCUUCAAGGCCAAGUACAAGCUGGUCAACCACAUCCGCGUGCACACGGGCGAGAAGCCCUUCCCCUGCCCCUUCCCCGGCUGCGGCAAGAUCUUCGCCCGCUCCGAGAACCUGAAGAUCCACAAAAGGACGCACACAGGUGAGAAGCCCUUCAAGUGCGAGUUUGAGGGCUGCGACCGGCGCUUCGCCAACAGCAGCGACAGGAAGAAGCACAUGCACGUGCACACCUCGGACAAGCCCUACAUCUGCAAGGUGUGCGACAAGUCCUACACGCACCCCAGCUCCCUGCGCAAGCACAUGAAGCCGGCCGCCGCGCCCAGCGGCGCCGGCCACAACCCCGGCCUGCCCCCCAAUUUCAACGAGUGGUACGUCUGAGCCGGCCACGGGACCACCGGGACUGGGACCGACCCGACCCACGGCCACACGGAACCGGGGAGUGCUCCCCCACCCGCCGGCUGCAGCUCCGGCUUGGCCCAUCGGAGGCUCUCCCCCUCGCACCACCGGGCGAGCCACGGCCUUUCUCAGGAUCGGAUUCGUUUCCCCUCCACCCCUCCUUUUUUAUUUUAUUUUUAUUUUUUUACCCCGCUUUUAAUUUUCCUCCCCUCCUUCGGUGCCCUCCUAGCCCUGUUUCUUUCUCCCUUUGCAACCCCGACGUGAAACGUUUCCUUCUUUCGCUGGGGAGAUCGACCAGAGGAUGGAAAGAAACCCCCCUCCGCCUUAGUGCUGAUUGUUUGCAACUCACAGUCUUAAACCGUGCCAAAGUUCCUGUUAUGUCUUGAACUUUCCUCUCUCUCUCUCUCUCUCUUUCUCUCUCAGCAUUACACUUGUGAAUGUAUUCUCGUCUGAUGGGGUCGCUCCGUGUUUUUUCAGGAUGAAGGGUGUGGUGUUCUGCCCGGAUCGUGACCGUUUUCGAGUCUGAAACCGUUGCCUUUUUGUAAUAACUUCUUCUUCUUCUUUUUUUUUUGUAAAUACAUAUCCGCGAUGCCAUAUUUAUCGUUUGUAAUUUAAGGAUCGAGACAAAAAAAAAAAAAAGUGCCGGGAACUGAACAAUAUUUAUGGAGAAGGGAAAAAAAAGAAUUAAUAAUAAUAAUUAAUAAUAAUAAUGGUUUUCUAACAAAAUAAAAAAAAAAAAAGAAAGAGUGGGGAAAAAAACGAAAGAAACACAAGAAAAUUCCCUGGGAACGGAUGGGAACUCUGUACAGCUUUUGGUUAUAACUGCUUUAGCAUUAAAAGUUUAUUGUUUUGGAAAGAGCCCGUUCCCCGCGUUUUUCCACCCCAUUCCCCCUCCUCUCUCCGGGCAGCUCUUUCCCCUGGUAGCCCGGUUCCCUGCCGGGCCCGGCCCGCUGCCGUGGUCGCGGUGCUGUGCUGUUGCGUGUGUCCCCCCCGCCUCCCCCGCGCCCUCUCGGACUUGUGCUGUUGCAAACCCAGUGUUGCCGGUGGAGUCACGUCUGUCUGGGAGCAGGAGGUAAACGACACCCGGCUGCGGAGAGCGGGCGGAGGAGCAGCUCUGCCCGCGGGUGUCUGUGUGUCCCAGGCAGCGCGGGUCCGGAGGGGGUGAAGAGCUGUUUACUUCGGAUUAAAGACGAGCCGGGAUCGGAUGGAGAAGCUCGUGGGCUUCGGAGAAGUUUUUCGCCUCCUAAGUCUGGCCCAGCAGGUGAUCGCGGCUCCCGGGCCCCAGGGAUGAAUGCGGGGGACGCGGGGAGGGCUGGGGCCGGGAGGCAGGAGGGCUGCGGCUCCGCAUCUGGCAGCAGGAUCCUCCCUCCGAGCCGGGAGAAAACCCGCCCGACGCCGGGGCCGUGCGAGGCCUGAAAGGAGGAGCAGAUCCUUCCUCGGCCGAGCCCGGCCGGGCUGCUCCAGGUGCCGCAGACAGCCCCGCCUUGAACUUGACCCCGGCGCGGGCGGCUUCUUCUUGCAGCCCAAGCCAAGCCGGCGGGGCCCCGAUCCGGGCCAGGACACGAGGACGGGACGGGACGGGACGGGACGCACGCUCCGCAGCCGCGCAGGAUCCUACAAGGAAAAUGAAGUGUCUCAUGAAAUGGAGUUGUUCUGAACAUCAGGAUUUUUUUUUUUUUUAGUUUUUAAAAGUCCUGUUUUGACUCAUUUUUGGGUGAGGUUGCUUAGGUCUGCUCUGCCAACACCAAAAAAAAAAAUCUAUCCAGGUGUCUUUUUUUUUUUUUAACUUUAUGCAAUGGUUCCAUAACAUAGGGAAACCUUGCUAUUUUUAAUUCUGAAAUGCUAUUCUUCACUUCUAGCAAGUAUUAUCUUUAUUUUUAAUAAGCCCUCCCAAACCUCACGUGCUCAGAAAAUUGUUCUCUUGAACAACGGACCCAUCAAGACAAUCCUAGAAUAAUCAGCAUGAGGAAUGGAUGUCAGCCGUGGAUGGAUUGCUGUGUUUCUGGAGCCCAGAUGUCCCCGGAGAGCUGAGGAGCCCCAGGAGACCAGACUUGAGCCAUUGAUGGUUAAGCCCGACUUGACUCACUGGAGUCAAGGCCACCAUAUGGCCCUUCCUUUGAAAUAGGACCUGUGCCAUAGCAGCUGGAAACAAGGAAGAAUCAUCAACCUUUCAGUAGCCACCUCUCCUGGGAGCCCCAGCAAUUGUUUUGAAGGCAAGGAGCGGUCUAUGGAGCACAGUUCAGGACUUGGCUAUAGCAUGGAGGUCCGUAUUCUGCUAUCGAGCUCUACGACGGCACCCUUAAAACUACAGAUUUGCUUUUGUUCAUAUCCCUACUGCGAGUAUCGACUCCGUGUAAAGAAAUAGGCUCAGCUGAAUGACAACACAUGUUUGUCUCCUUAUCCACCCCCGCUACAGACUUCAUUAACUAUCAAGAGCACAGAGAUUUUGGGGGUGCCGGUUCCCCGUGCCGUAGUAACACGGUUUCCAGUAUCCCAAUGCAUUACUCUAUUUCUUUUACCCGUAUGCAGUCUGACAUGACUUUGCUCACGUCUCUCUUGCCGUCUGGCAAAAUGCAGGAGCUGAUUGUUGCUGCACUUAACUGUAGCUCACAUAUUUUGUACAUGGUAAAUUUGUGCCUGUGCUGGUCGUGCCUCGGUUAAAGUCUUUCUUACUGCUGGUGAUGGAAGUGUCUGCUGCUGCAAUGAAUUGCUCCCUUUAAUGCCAUUUGCUUUGCCUUUUCAGAAGUGUGUUACUUUUUAGUGCUCUCUGAGCCCACAGUAAAACUCUCUGGAGCGCACACAGCUCUGUCUAUCAUAAACCGCCGUUAUACCACAUCUCAAGAAUUAAAGUUUAACUGUGGGCAGAUUCUAUUUUCAGAUAGCAUUGCAUGGAGACUGUAUUUUCAAAAGCAGUAACUCAAACCACACUGAUGCACAACUGUUUUAAAAUGUAAGAAUUCACACAUGUUUUUUAUUAGCGUACACAUAAAACUGGAGCAUAAUACAGUAGGAUUUGGCAAUAAAACGGGGUAGUAGAUACAUAAAUUUUAUGCCUAGUUUUUUAGAUUAAGGAUUCCACUUUUCUUGAUGAAUUGAGCGCAGAUGAGCAAAAACACAACAGUGAUUAAACACGGAGACUCUGGGCACAUAAAGCGAUGUGGUGGAUAGUUCAGAGUUCACUUCACUAGUUUUUCCCCCGCCCCCCCCCCGCCUUUAGACACAAAUUGAGCAUGGAUUACUUGAUAACCUUCUUCUACUAGCCAAACCACUACAGAGACAUUUUCAGUCUCUUCAAGUCCCUAUUGUUCUCAAGAAAUCACUUCCUUAAGAAAUACCCAUAUGUCGAGGGGCUCCGUAAUAUUUUGUGGGAAACAAAAUUGAGGGUCAGAUUCAUCCUCUUGUUUGAGUCCCUUGAAGUCGGGCUCAGCUGGAAUGAAUUGCCCUGCACGGCGUUGCACCAGGGAUGAGUCUUGCUUUCCAUUCCCGACAGCGAAGCAAGAAGUCGUUUAGAUGUCUUUUACCAAUGGUAGCAGCUGCAGGUCGUGGGAAACGGCAGCGGGCCCCGGCAUCGCAAGCUUGGCGUUCAGAUGUGGGCACCUUUGCUGGGCAUCCCCAGCUCAUGUUUGGAAGCUCAGAUUUGUACUUUGGGGUCUUCGCAUACCUGCUGAGUGCCGCGGUGCACGACCCAGGUGUCUGAAUGUGGGCUUUGGAGCUCUUUCUUGCAAAACGGGCUCUGCAGAAAUACUUCAGAGCAGCACGUCAUUCAUCUGGGAA